CGUGCGUGUCUCAUUCUUCUCAUUUGGCGCUUCGCCGUUCGUUGUUUGGGUUUGGUUCUCCCCGAUCGAGCAGCACACAGCAUAAAAAGAUCGACAAGACAACAUACCAGGAUCAUCAUGAACAACAACACCGGCAACGAAGAACCUACCGACAAAGUCGAUGGCAAGAAAACAACUCCUACCAUGGCGGAAGCCGCUCUUAGACUCCAAACGCAACUAAAAGAGAGCGUUCCUCCUCGCUGGGACAGUGUGCCUUUUGACCUGCAUCCGCUGGCUCCUUUUGUGGCAAAGCCAGAAUGGACCAUGCUAGGAGACGCCAUCAAAAAGGCAGAACAGCCCAACCAAGAAUACACUCAUCACAUUCCAGGUGAAAAGUGGAUCUCUUUGAGAUGUGAUGGAACUGGAUUCAGCAAAUUCACAAGGCACUUACAAAAGCUGGGCGUCUUUAGCAAAGGACACUCCCCAGAGUUUGCUGCCAUUAUGAAGGCGUGCUGUGAGGGGCUCAUGACUAAAUUUGUGGCUCAUUGUGGCUACACUCAGUCGGAUGAAAUGACAGUCUUGGUGGCUCCCACGUCCAUUGUCCGCGGGGAACGACAACCACACAUGUACAAUGGCCGUCUCCAAAAGCUUUGCUCGUUGGCGGCAGCCACUGUCACGGCUCGCUUCAACUAUGAGUUGAUGGCGUUGUGUGCCGGUAAGAAGGAGGUGGACACGAUGGCAGUCCUGCAAUCUCUGCCCACAUUUGACUGCAGAGUAGGUGUGUAUGGCACCAAAGAGCAAGCCAUCUCUCUCAUCUUGUGGAGAUCUUAUGACUGCGGCAUCAAUGCUACUUCGGACGCCGUGUUCAAAUGCGGAGUGCUCGGGUCCAAGCAGAUUGUCAAAUUGCCCACAAAACAAAGGCUCGAGUGGCUCUAUCAGCAAAGUCUUUUGCCUCUUUCACCUCAUCAGCGUGACGGAACCUUCUUGGUGAAACGAAAACGAGUAGUAUCUGGAGUGGACCAAAAGACGGGUGAACCCAUCUCGUACCUCCGCGGUAGAAUCGAACAAGUGGAAGGCAACAUCCUUCAGCUCUUCAAGGAUGGUGCCUUGUUCCCCCCUGACGAUAUCCUCGAUGUCGGCGAGCAACGAGCAUGAGCCGCAUACAACGUACUGGUACAAUGAUACUUCAAGACGUCCCGUUGCAUGCCACAAAUGAACGAAACUUUUAUAUAGAAACGUGCAACACGAACGUAUAUGUAUCCGUCCAUUCGUCGUCAAUCCACUUGAUACCUGGCUAGCUAGUGUGUGGCCGUGACUUUGAAUCCUCUGCACUUCUCACCCUCCCCCGGCAGCACGUCAUCGCCCUCUCCCUCGUCCGUCGGUGGCGCCUCGAAGUCUGGAUCUAGGUCGUUAGGCAAAUCCCCCGGUGCCUGGGUGAUCUCCUUCUGAUGGUCAUUAUCGCCGUCCAGGUCAUCCAAGGACAUCAUACUCGAUCCAUAACCGCCCUGCUGAGUAGUGGUGAAUCCAUGCAGUGGUUGUGUACCCCGUUUCCUCCCGUCCUUGCGUACCACAGCAGGAAUUGAGCACACCAAGGACUGGCCACAAACGGCUUGGCGAGCGCCCGGUACAAUGUAUAGCAGAAUCCCCACUCGGAAUGCUUUUCACGAAACUUGUGAGGAAGCGUGGUCGAAUGUAAAUGAUCUAAUUGAGGAAUCCUUGUGCGGGCAAUGUAAUGGCGAGCAACACCAGGAUCCAAUAUAGUGAUUCGAAAACGGUGAUGACGGUGCGGGCCAUAACCAGAUCCCAAAGAACGCAAAGAGAUACCACAUGCCUUGACAUAAGACGCGCCCUGAGAGCUGUAACUUGGUUCGUUCUCGAUAGACUUUAGAGGCGGCUCGGGACUGUUUCUUGCUGGAGUUUCGGAGAGCAUCUGGUGUGGUUUGGGUCCUAUCUUUGUUGUUGUUGUUGUUGUUGUUGUUGU